AUGAAUGCAUUGAUCAUAGAGAUAGCAAAUGGUAGUCAGGUUGUGGUACGUGAGAUUGUUAGAAGUUGCGUAUUGGGAGUUGAAGGGAAGGAAUUUCGGGAACAAGCGAUCAAGAUAACCGACGGUGGUGGCCUGUCAAAAGCGGGGAUUGCCAAAAUGAUUAAAGAUGCUGAACGAUAUAAGCAAGAGGAGGAAGCACACAUAAAGAAGGUGAUGGCCCAUAAAGCUUUAAAUGACUAUGUGUAUCGGUUGAGAGUCAACUUAAACCGAUACAAGAUUCGGUUGAGUCUAAUUAUGGAUAUGGGGCUUAGUGUUAAAGACUUGGAAGAGAUAGAAUAUGAGAUCAAGGAGACAAUCGAGUGGCUUGAUGAAAACCUGAUGCCGAUACUGAUGAGUUAG